UACACUUUUUUCCCUUUCUUUUUAUCUUUUAUCUUUUUUUCUCAUACCGUUGCCAAAAAUGCCAAGUACUAAAACAGGAUGUGUUUCAUCGUUAUCUAACUUGUAACAAUAAUCAUUAUGAUCUCGCGUACAAUCUUAUCCUGCGAUAAUUAUCAACUUCUGAAUUCGUUAAUUAAACAUUUAACUUGGUAAUCACGACGGAAAAAGUCACUCAAAUGUAAUCUUGGUGUCGCAUGCCUUUGUAUAUAUCAGUCCCCCGCGACAUCCGGAGAUAAUCCGAGGAUGACUCGAGGAGAUCAAUGGAAGGUUCAGUGAAUUCUGAUCUUGACCCUCGUUUGAGAGUGUAUGACAGCCGAUAACGAUAUGAAGAUAUCUCUCGUCUACGUUAUAUAAACGCCGCUUUUACCCGGGUGCUCGCGCAGUCCAGGCGAGGAACCGAUUUCGAUCGUCGAGCAAGUUUCGCUCGAGACUGCAAUCAGUGAGGAAAGUGAAGGUUGGCCACGUGGACAUAUCGCGCGAUACUCUCGCGAUCCUGCAACCGAUGCUGGGUCUCAGAAAUCUCAUCUUGCGGCGCAACUUCGUCUUGGAUACCUGUGCUUAAAAACUGUUACUGGUGUUGGACUAACCUUGGAUUAUUAUAGUCGACGAUGGCGCAGCUCAAAGUGGCUAUCAUCGGACAGAGUCCAUUCGCGGCGGAAGUCUACAAGCUUUUGCGACAGAAUGGACAUCAGGUGACCGGAGUGUUCACGAUCCCGGAUAAGGGAAACCGCGAAGAUCCUCUAGCGACCACCGCCAAGGCCGACAACACGCCGGUUUUCAAGAUCAAGGCUUGGAGGAGCAAGGGAGUGGCCUUGCCGGAAAUCCUGGAGCUGUACAAGGGCAUCGAGGUGGAUCUCAACGUCCUUCCCUUCUGCAGCCAGUACAUUCCUAUGGAGGUCAUUAAUCAUCCCCCUCACCGUAGCAUAUGCUAUCAUCCGUCCAUAUUGCCCAGGCACAGAGGAGCGAGCGCCAUAAGCUGGACCUUGAUCCAAGGAGACGAUACCGCAGGAUUCUCGAUUUUCUGGGCAGACGAUGGCCUGGACACCGGGCCGAUUCUCCUCCAGAAAUCCUGCAGAGUGGAGCCGAAUGAUACGGUGGACAGCCUGUACAACAAUUUCCUCUAUCCGGAGGGUAUUAAGGCCAUGGGUGAGGCGGUGGAUCUCGUCGCCAAGGGAACCGCGCCUAAGGUACCGCAACCGGCGGAGGGUGCGACGUACGACCCCCUGCUGAACAAGAAGGAACUCCAGAAGAUCGACUUGACUAAGCCGGCUAAGGAAAUUCACGAUUUUAUUCGUGGUCUGGACAGUACACCUGGAGCCUGGACGAUACUGGACGGCCUGGACGGUAAUGGACGUCAGGAAGUGCGUCUUUUCGGAUCAUCUUUGUGGAACGAUAAGAAACCGAAAGUCGAGAAAAUAGUCGACCUCGUGGAGCGAAAAGGAAUCGUUCAUCAGGGCGGUUUGCUGAUCGAGGCCGUCGACGGGCGAUUCGUUAAUGUGGAGAGAAUCAAAAUCGGGACCAAGACCAUUCUCGCCAGCAAAUACGGACAGACUGACGACAGCCAGGCCGUGGAGUUCACGGAAGAGGAGCUGCAGACUGCCGACGGUCUGCGUCGGAUCUGGGCGGACAUACUUAAAAUCGACGUCGACGACGACACGGAUUUCUUUGCUUCCGGCGGUGGCAGCAUGGACGUGGUGCGACUAGUCGAGGAAGUCAAGGACAACUUUGGUGUUAGCCUGCAGAACAGCGACGUCUUCAUGGCACCGGUCUUCAAGGAGUUCGUCACGACGGUCGUACUUACCGCUCGGGGAAAUCUAGCCGCAAAUGAGAUCAAGUAUGACGCGGUGGAGGUGCAGGCAAAUAACAUGACCCUAAGAUUCCCCAGGCAGCUCUUCAUCAACGGCCAGUUUGUUAACGGCCACGGUAAUCCUGUCAAUACGAUAAAUCCUCACGAUGAAAGCGUGAUCUGCUCGGUGGAAAGCGCGAACGCCGAGGAUGUCGAUCUGGCCGUCAGGGCCGCUAAAAAAGCCUUCGAGGAGGGUGAAUGGGGCAAAAUCAGCGCCAGGGAACGUGGAGCGUUGUUGUUCAGGUUGGCGGAUUUAAUGGAGGAACACAAGGAAGAACUGGCUACUCUGGAGACUCUCGACUCCGGCGCGGUCUAUACUCUCGCUCUGAAAACCCACGUAGGUAUGUCCAUCGAGACCUGGCGCUACUUCGCCGGUUGGUGCGACAAGAUCCAAGGUUCAACUAUACCCAUCUCGCACGCGCGUCCAAACAAGAAUCUCACGUUCACACGACGCGAACCGAUCGGCGUUUGCGGUCUGGUCACCCCCUGGAACUAUCCCCUUAUGAUGUUGUCGUGGAAGAUGGCGGCCUGUCUAGCGGCCGGCAAUACCGUGGUGAUGAAGCCGGCCCAGGCGUCGCCUCUAACAGCCCUGAAAUUCGCCGAGCUGUCCGCGCGCGCUGGAAUUCCACCCGGUGUCAUCAACAUCGUCUGCGGAGUCGGCAGUGCUGUCGGAAACGCCAUAGUGGGGCAUCCGUUGAUCAGAAAGCUGGGCUUCACCGGCUCCACGCAGGUCGGCCAGACCAUCAUGAGAUGCUGCGCCGACAGUAAUCUGAAGAAAGUGUCGUUGGAGCUUGGCGGUAAAAGUCCCCUCGUCAUCUUCGAGGACGCCGACUUGCAGCAGGCGGUCAGGGUCGGUAUGGGCAGCGUGUUCUUCAAUAAGGGCGAAAACUGCAUCGCUGCCGGACGACUUUUCGUCGAGGAAACUAUCCAUGACGAGUUCGUGAGACGUGUGAUCGACGAGGUAAAGAAGAUCACCAUCGGCAAUCCAUUGGACAGGAGCACGGCUCACGGACCGCAGAAUCACAAGGCUCAUCUGGACAAACUUCUUGAGUUCGUGCAGAAGGGAGUCGAGGAGGGUGCCAAGUUGGUCUACGGCGGCAAGAGGUUGAAUCGUCCCGGCUGGUACUUUGAACCGACCGUGUUCACGGACGUCGAGGACAACAUGUACAUCGCCAAGGAAGAAUCUUUCGGUCCGGUCAUGGUGAUCUCUAAAUUCAGCUCGAAGAACGUCGAUCAGGUGAUCGGGCGGGCGAACGACACCGAAUUCGGCCUGGCCUCGGGAAUCCUCACCAAAGACAUCGGCAGAGCACUCAGGUUCGCGGAGAGAAUCGAGGCCGGCACUGUGUUCAUCAACACGUACAACAAGACAGACGUAGCGGCACCGUUCGGCGGCUUCAAGAUGUCUGGAUUUGGCAAGGAUUUGGGGCAGGAGGCCCUCAACGAGUAUCUCAAGACGAAGACGGUCACCAUCGAGUACUAACGAUCAUUAUCCGAGAACGUUUGUAAUACACGAUAAUCACGGAUGUGCGUAAUGAUGCGUGUCGUCGGAAUUUGUUCGACGAAGCGAUUUAUGUCGAGCCUUGUCAAAAAUAUCCUGUUAUACGUGAUAUUGUAUCUUACAUCUUGCAAUAUCUCUUUAACAAAACUGAACGAGUCUUUAAGUUUUUAAGUUUAAAGAUAAGAACAUAUGCGUUUGCGCGUCGCAUUAAUUCGUUACCUUUUUUCACAUGUCGAUUAUUUAUAGAAAUAAAUAUGUAAGUUGUUCCUAAC